AUGUUGACUGCCUCCAUUCUAACUCUAUCUCUACAGCUGCACAUAGAGAUGAGCGUCCCGGACUACAUGCAGUGUGCUGAGGACCACCAGACCGUGCUCGUGGUGGUCCAGCCGGUCGGGAUUGUGCCCGAGGAUCAGUUCUUCAAGAUCUACAAGCGUAUCGCCAGCGUGAGCCAAGUGAGCAUCAGGGACUCCCAGCGGCUCCUCUACAUCCGCUACCGGCACCAUUACCUGCCCGAAAACAACGAGUGGGGCGACUUCCAGACGCACCGCAAAGUGGUGGGCCUCAUUGCCAUCACCACCUGCGGCUCCCCCAAGGAGUGGCCCCAGACGGCCGAGCGCUUUCACGGUCAGAAGGAGGUGUACAGCUCCACGCUGUACGACUCGCGGCUGCUGGUGUUUGGGCUCCAGGGCGAGAUCACCGAGCAGCAGCGCACGGACGUGGCCUUCUAUUCCAGUUUCGAAGAGUGCUCUGACGUGGAGCGGAGAGUGGAGGACUUCGUGGAGUCCAUAUUCAUCGUUCUGGAGUCCAAGCGGCUUGACCGAGCCACUGAUAAGUCUGGGGACAAGAUACCACUGCUGUGUGUGCCCUUUGAGAAGAAAGACUUUGUGGGUUUGGACACAGACAGCAGGCACUACAAGAAGAGGUGCCAGGGACGCAUGAGGAAGCAUGUGGGAGACUUGUGUCUGCAGGCGGGCAUGCUGCAGGACGCCCUGGUCCACUAUCACAUGGCAGUGGAGCUGCUCAGGGGAGUUAAUGACUUCCUCUGGCUUGGCGCUGCGUUGGAGGGGUUGUGUUCUGCCUCGGUAAUAUUCCACUACCCCGGGGGCACGGCAGGGAAGACGGUGGGACGCAAGCCCAGCAUCUCUCAGCCGGCCGACGCCGGCAAACGCCACAGACCAGGUGAACCAAUCGGCCGAGCAGACCGGGCCGGCCCAUGUGCCCUCACGGCCAACGGCAUCAGUGCAGACACCAGCACUGAGAUUGGACGAGCAAAGAACUGCCUGAGUCCCGAGGAUAUUAUCGAGAAGUACAAGGAGGCCAUCUCCUAUUAUGGAAAGUACAAGAACGCAGGCGUGAUCGAGCUGGAGGCCUGCGUGAAAGCAGUCAGGGUGCUGGCCAUCCAGAAGAGGGCCAGGGAGGCCUCGGAGUUCCUCCAGAAUGCCGUGUACAUCAACCUGGGACAGCUGUCCGAGGAGGAGAAGAUCCAGCGGUACAGCAUCCUGUCUGAGCUUUACGAGCUGAUCGGCUUCCAUCGGAAGUCGGCCUUCUUCAAGCGCGUGGCGGCCAUGCAGUGCGUGGCCCCCACCAUCCCGGAGCCUGGCUGGAGGGCCUGCUACAAGCUGCUGCUGGAGACCUUACCGGGAUACAGCCUGUCUCUGGAUCCCAAGGACUUCAGCAAAGGCACCCACAGAGGCUGGGCGGCCGUACAGAUGCGGCUGCUGCACGAGCUGGUCUACGCCUCCCGCCGCAUGGGCAACCCCGGCCUGUCCGUACGCCACCUGUCCUUCCUGCUGCAGACCAUGCUGGAUUUCCUCUCCGAUCAAGCUCACGACCAGACCAGGCUGGUGACGUAUUCGGGAUUCAGAAUUCAUCCGUGUGGCAACGGCUUCUCUUCUCGUGAGAAGCGGGUGCUUUUUGAGUGGCUGUCUGUUAGAGGAAGAGCUAAGAAAGAGGUGACCCAGAGUCUGGAGAAUUACACCUCCAAGUGCCCGGGUGGGAUGGAAGUCAUUACACUUCCUGAUGGGCUGAAGUUACCCCCAGUGGCCUUUACAAAGCUCCCCAUUGUUCGAUCGGUGAAGCUGCUCAAUCUGCCCGUGAGUCUGCGUCCUCACAAAGUGAAAGGCCUGCUGGGUCAGAACAUGUCCACUGCCAGCCCCUUCAUCUACUCGCCAAUAAUCAUGCACAACAGAGGAGACGAGCGCUGUAAGAAGAUCGACUUCCAGUGGGUUCAAGGAGAUGUUUGUGAAGUGCAGCUGAUGGUGUACAACCCCAUGCCUUUUGAACUUCGUGUGGAGAACAUGGGUCUGCUGACAUCUGGAGUGGAGUUUGAGUCCCUGCCUGCUGCGCUGUCCCUCCCCGCUGAGUCCGGCCUGUACCCGGUCACUCUGGUCGGAGUGCCCCGCACGGCCGGCAACAUCACAGUCAACGGCUACCACACCUCGGUGUUCGGCGUGACGAGCGACUGCCUGCUGGAAGAUCUGCCUGCUGUGAAGACCAGCGGCUGUUUAGUCGAAGUCAUUCCGUCCCUUCCUCGUCUCCAGCUGAGCACAUCGUUACCACGGUCGGCCCACAUAGCGCAACCCAUGUCCAAAGAAGAGCUGUCCAGCUCGGUGUCCAUACAGCUUUUCAACGGAGAGACGCAGCAGCUCAUCAUCACCUUGGAGAACAUCGGCUCUGAAGACAUCGAAAGUCUGGAGGUGACCUCCAAGCUUGUCACCACCAAAGAGAAAGUGUUCGGGGAGUUUCUGAGCUGGGAGCUGGACGAGGCUCUGCGUCACCUGCCUCUGAAGCACGGCCAGACCGCCACGCUGGCCGUGGACAUCAAAGUCAGGCUGGACUUCUCAGGCCAGGAAAACCUGCUGCAGGACCUCAAUGACGAUGGGAUCAGCGUGACAGGUUUGCCAAUCUCCAGUCCGCUCCGACAAGUCCUCAAACCCAGGGCUGAGUCCAAGCCCAUCAGCACCGAGCCCGGCAAGGCCGACUACAGCCAUGUGAAGACCACGAGUGCCUGCGGGCUGAGAAAUGCGGAUGCUGUCAGUUUGGAAUGGAUGCGCCCCAGGUGA